UGUAGGCUACAAGUGGAUUUUCUUCCUUUAUAGGCCAGCUUAAAAAAAUGAAACUCGGGUGUGAAGUGUGUAAUGUUUGCCAGUUCAAGGAUUUGAUUCCAUUUGGUAGACGCGGAGACGAGGAAAAGCAAACCAAACACUUCACUUCCCACGCUAGCGGGGACACUUUUCCCGGCCUGUGUCAAAUUUCAGACGUUGAUAUUCCUCCAAAGAAAAUCACGACCGCAAGCCUUGGGUUUGGUGCGCACAUAGCAGGACACUACCCGUCCCCAGCUCGCAGGCGCCACCGCACCACCUUCAGUCAAGAACAGCUGGAACACCUGGAGGUGGCUUUUGGUCAGAACCAUUACCCGGACAUCUACUGUCGCGAAGAGCUGGCGCGGGUAACUAAGCUAAAUGAAGCCCGUAUACAGGUGUGGUUCCAGAACCGGCGUGCCAAGCAGCGGAAGCAGGAGCGGGCGUCUCAGAAGGCCGUGCCCGUGGGGGUGCUGCCAGGCUGCGGGGGCCUGAUGGGCGGGAUGUGCAUGCCAGCGAGCGGGGCCGGAAGGCCGUACCAGUACCCCCACUCGCUCUCGCACAUCCCCCGCCUCUCCUCCAUGCUGUCCCCCGCCGCCUACGCUCACCCUGCUCCCGGAGGUCAGUUCUCCUGCCCCGCAGCCUCCGCCCCGCAACCCCGCCCGCACGAAGACUGGUACAACCAGCUGCGGACCAUGGGGGCACCCGCCCCCACCCUGGCCACUCCCAUUCUCUCCCUGGCCUCCAUGUCUGGACUGGAACCGGCCAAUCACUGGAGCUAGGCCUGUCCGCAUUUAUCCCUGAGUAAACAGGGAGUGAGGGUGUGUGUGGGGUGUGGAAGUACCCAAUGAAAUGUUUUUAUAGCCACAGUGUGUGUAGUUCUUUGUAGUCGUCCUGAUUUUUAUUUGUAUUCUUUUUUAGUCUUCGCUAUUGUACAGCUGAGCAGAGGCUGCCAGUGUGAUACGCCUGAAUCUACAAUGAUUCUAAAGCUAGCUGUAGCAUCCAAAAACAGCCUAACCAAUUUCAGAUAACUUUCGCCCAGUAUUCUUACUGUCAGAUGUAGGUACAGAAUAUAUGUACAUAGGCACAAGAAAAACCGAGAAGCUGCUGUAAUAUUGUUAGAGUAAUACCAGACACGUGUGCGGCCUACCAACCACACUGUACAUUCUUUUCAAUUUUCCUGUAUGUAAAUUGAACAUAGGGGAGUGCACUCUAUAUUCAAAAUGCCAUGACAAGCCUCAAAAAGGGGAAAUGAGGACAAGCUCAUAUUUGCCUCAACAUGCUAGUGCAGGAAGAGCAGAGUGAAAAAUUGUCAAAAAAUAAAUAUGCACUAAUUAGAAGUAUGAAGGCUCCUCCAUUUUCGUGUCUCUCUGUUAAGGGUAUUCUUGCUAAUGACACUAGCCACAACUUGUGCCCAGCCUUGUUCCACAAUAUAAGCAUGAUUCACCUCUA